UACUCUAUUCAUGCGACCCAAAGAUGGAAUCUUUAAUGAGACUAGUCCUGGUUCUGCUUCCGUUCUUGGUCGUCUUCUUCGUGCCUCUUGAUCAUGUUUCGUCAGAAUCUAUCAGCAGAGCAGAUUUUCCAGAUGGGUUUGUAUUCGGAACAGCCUCUUCAGCUUACCAGUUCGAAGGAGCUGUGAAAGAAGGAAACAAAGGACAAAGCAUAUGGGACACUUUCACGAAGAAACCAGGAAAGAUACUGGAUUUCAGCAAUGCGGAUACUACGGUCGAUCAAUAUCACAGGUUUCAUAGUGACAUAGACCUGAUGAAAGAUCUGAGAAUGGAUGCUUACAGAUUCUCUAUAUCUUGGUCAAGAAUAUUCCCUAAUGGAACAGGGGAAGUGAACCCAGAUGGAGUUAAGUACUAUAACAGCCUAAUAGAUGCUCUUUUAGCCAAAGGAAUCAAACCUUACGUGACAUUGUAUCACUGGGAUCUCCCACAAGCUUUAGAAGACAGAUAUGAAGGAUGGCUAAGCAGAGAAGUCGUGGAAGAUUUUGAGCAUUAUGCAUUCACCUGUUUCAAAGCAUUUGGAGAUAGAGUGAAGUACUGGAUCACUAUCAAUGAGCCUCAUGGGGUAUCGAUCCAAGGCUAUGACACAGGGAUACAAGCUCCAGGGAGGUGCUCACUUCUAGGACAUUGGUUCUGUAAGGAGGGGAAGUCAUCGGUCGAACCGUAUGUUGUAGCUCAUAACAUUCUCUUGUCUCAUGCUGCUGCUUACCACACCUACCAGAGAAACUUCAAGGAGAAACAACGUGGUCAAAUCGGGAUAUCAUUAGAUGCAAAAUGGUAUGAGCCAAUGUCUGAUUGUGAUGAGGACAAAGAUGCAGCUCGUAGAGCAAUGGAUUUUGGGAUUGGAUGGUUUAUGGAUCCUCUAAUCUAUGGAGACUAUCCAGCUUCAAUGAAGAGUCUAGUGGAAGAGAGACUACCUAAGAUAACACCAGAGAUGUCUCAAUCUAUAAAAGGGGCAUUUGAUUACGUGGGAAUCAACCACUACACCGCAUUAUACGCGAGGAAUGACAGAACUAGGAUAAGGAAACUGAUACUGCGGGAUGCUUCUUCUGAUUCAGCGGUUAUUACAAGCUCUUUUCGUGGAGGAGUAGCUAUAGGAGAAAAAGCAGGAUCAAGCUGGCUACACAUUGUCCCAUGGGGAAUCAGGAAACUGGCAGUGUAUCUUAAAGACAUGUAUGGAAACCCACCUGUAUUCAUCACAGAAAACGGCAUGGAUGAGAAAAACAAGCCAUUCAUAGACAUGGAGAAAGCAUUAAAAGAUAACAAGAGGAUUAGCUUCCACAGAGAUUACCUCUCAAACUUAUCAGCUGCCAUAAGGACUGAUGAAUGCGAUGUAAGAGGAUAUUUUGUGUGGUCAUUGCUAGACAAUUGGGAAUGGAACUCAGGAUACACGGUCCGGUUCGGGAUCUACUACGUUGACUACAAGAACAAUCUCACAAGGAUACCUAAAGCUUCUGCUCGAUGGUUUCAAAGAAUACUUAGCGGCUCUACUUCAUCAGAUUCCAGCAAGCUACAGGAGGCAACAGAACAAAAAGAGUACAAAUUUCAAGAGAAAUGAGAGAGAGAUCAAAGACAGAACAUAGUGUAGGAAUUUAUAUACUUCAUACAAUAGCUCAAUUUUCAUGAUUUUUGUUACUGUCGCAGAAAUCAAAUGUAAUUGAUAAAAAAAAAACGAAACAUUUAAUAGAGGAAUUAAAAGCUUUGUCUUACAACAA